AAGCUCGAGCCACCGACUGCUCGAUCAGCCCGCUUGCUAGCCGUCGUUGAUUUACCGUCCUGAACUUCGCCUUGCCGCGUGCUUCGGUGCCACAGACUUUAGUAUUUAUCAAAAGAGAGCAGCGUGCGGAUGCGCGUCGCGAUAUCUCCGCGUCGACUUAUACAACAACGACGGUUCGGUUUGACGGUUUGACACACCAUCAUCGGCUGGCUAGCUGCAGUUCGCGCGCACUAAAGUACGCGCGGUGAUCCAUAGUUCCAUUCGACUCGGCUGCACGCGAACCAUUAUUUGAACAGACGUAACUGGAGGAAGUGGUCGCGUGCUAACCAUCGCAGUCGCAGUCAUUUUUGACUACCAUUCUUCGUUCGUCGUAUCAAAUUCUAAGCGUGGAAGACCAAGAUGACGUCAAGUAGUGCAAACAGUGUUUUAUAGGAUCGUUAAAAUUUGUACUUAGUAAAGCACCUCCAAGCAACCAAAUCAGGGAAUCCGUUUCACGAACUGUUUAGUACCCAAGACUGGUGCCUUUAGACGAAAUCAGACAGUUUCUCCAAACUGUCCGAAGAAACUAGUGUAGUGAAAAGUUUCAUUGAUUUUCGUUCAAAAUGGAUAUCCUGCAACAAAUGAAUCUGUCGGAUUUUACACUGUAUGAUCUGAUAAAUGUGAAAGGUGUUGAGGACACUAUCGACAAAUACCCGUUGAUGGCGUCGCCGGUGCCGGGAUCCAUACUAAUAGCGAUAUAUCUUUACUUGAUUUACAAAUGGGGACCAAACUAUAUGGAAAACCGCAAACCAUUCGACUUGAAGUUGGUCAUAGCCGCUUAUAAUAUCUUCCAAGUGAUUGCCUGCUCCUAUUUGGUGUUGAACUACAUUAAAGUAGGAUUCGAGUUUAGCUUCAUCGGAAGAUGCACACCAAAGCUGCCCGUGCGGGAGUACGAACAUGGCUACGAUGCGGUUUACUAUGGCUGGCUCGCGAUGUGUCUGCGGAUGGUGGAAUUCAUCGAAACCGUCUUCUUUGUUCUACGUAAGAAGCAGAACCAGGUGUCGGCGCUGCACGUCUAUCAUCACAUUAGCACUUUCCUUAUCGUGUGGUGGAGUCUCAAACUAAGCUUAUCUUAUCAGGAAAUGUCGAUUAUGGUGCUCAACUCGAUCGUCCACAUUAUCAUGUACUCGUACUAUCUGCUGUCAUCGUACCAAAUGUUCCGUCCGGUGACAAGCCGCGUCAAACCUGCCAUCACCAUCAUCCAAUUGGCUCAGCUGGUGACGAUGCUAAUCCACGUGAAUGCCGCCCUGCAGCCCACUUGCGCUUCCAACAAGUUUAUCUACAUGCUGCACGCCAUCAAUCUUGUCAUCCUGAUUAGUCUGUUCACCAACUUCUACAUGCAGACCUACAUCAAGAAAAGCCGCAAAGCCAAACAAAGCUAGUAACGCACCGUUCCUCCCUUUUUCUCUAUCAUUCCCUUUCUCUCUCUCUGUCUCUCUCACUUUGAAGCGAUGUACCACCGUAUCAACUCGGGGCAGUUACAUUAGUUUUGUUUACCUAUUGGUCAUCUUUUUCGCCAACAUGGGUGACACAAUCGAAGGAAAAAAAAAAGUGAAAUUUACAAGUCAACAUUCAAAUAUCAACCAACGCUCCACUAGUGAUGCAAUGGCACAUUGCAACGUGAAACGCAAACACAGAGAGAAGGGAAAUCCUAGCAAGAGGAACGCACUUGUUUUGCUCUCCAAACUAGUGCGUUUCGCAGGUGGCAUUUCGGUUCGGUUUUAGGAAUAUUUGAACAAAAUGUUGACUAACGGUAAAUGCUGCUCUUAACCAUUAUCUGCCACAGUGAAUGUUUCAGCAAAAUAUGAUUAAUUUAGUGGUAGGAAACACAGUAAA